GGGGAAAAUCAGACGAAAACUUGAUAAUUCCGAUCAAUGACUCGCUUAGUGGCACACUUUCCAUGGACUUCGUGAGUAUCAUGUGCGCAAAAACAACAAUAAUAGCGAGCCCGGAAUUACAAGAAAACACAUUCUGGCUGAACGGAAAAGAAACAAAGCUUCAACAACAAAAGAUUAACUAA